AUGUCGUCUUCUCCAGAGUUCGAGCUGGAAUUCCGCAAUACUAUGCUGAAUGUGACCAUGAUGGAGUCGCUGGCGCAUGGAAUUUACACUACGGUAGUCGUGUUUACUCUGUGGAUGAUAGCUGUGAAUGAGAAACACAGGGCGCGAAUCUUUAUGGGCGCUGUGAUUGUUACAAUGUACCUUAUCGCCACCACGCACCUGAUAGUUCGGUGGUGCUAUGUCCGAGGAGCGUUCAUCAGUCAUGGCCAAACGGACGAGACACAAUUUGAUUAUCUGUUCAACGCACCGAAAUGGAUGCUUAUCAGCUCCGUCUCAUUUACUCUCAACACGAUUAUAGCCGACUUUGUCGUAGUUUGGCGCUGCUGGACCGUUUGGGAACAGAAGUGGAUAGUCGCUGUGAUACCCUCGCUGUGCAAUAUCGUCGGGAUAGGCAUGCGGUUGCGCGUUCCUUUUCGCUGGCUUCAGUAUGUAUCAGCAAGCGACGACGCCACCACCAGGGAGCGCGUGGAGCGCAGCUCAGAUCGACUGGCUCUUGCCGUACAUGUGUAUAUCGGUGGCGAUAAACUCACCCAGCUCCAGUCCCAUCGGUCUUACAAGUUCAGCAAGGUCAUCUGUACAUUGAUCGAGUCGGCUGCUAUGUACGCCGUAUCCAUGAUUGUCACGUUGGCAUUCUACAAACAGGGAGGUCUCGACGCCAAUUUUCCUAUAUCUAUUACAUCUACCGUUACUGGAUUGGCUCCCGCACUUAUAGUUGCGCAAGUAGUAUGUGGCAGUACAAGGCCUGCGACGAUGUGGCAAGAACCGCCCAGGUCAAUUCUAGAGUUCAACCGCACUCUUGACCCGACUAGCACGUUCCCCGCCAUGCGUCUUGACAUCCAUGAAGAUUCUGGGGCGUCAACGUCGUCGGAUGAGAGACUUACAGAAAGGGAGUCAGAUCCUGAAAAGGAAUGGGGUAAGGAUCAGGUCGGAGAUGAGGCAGUUUAA